UUGAAUCAAAAUUUUCUUAUUUCGUCACUCUUCUCUUAAUUUAGAUUAUCAGCAAAAUUAUGAUAAGUCCUUACGUUGUAACAUUAUUUCAUCUGCUUUUAUUGUAUUCCUUUGGAUUUUCAGUUGGAUUCAAGGAAUCACGUAAAAGUGGUGAAAGCAACUGCAGAGAGAAUGAGAGACAAGCACUCCUCAACUUCAAACAAAGCCUCAUUGAUCACUAUGGCAGACUGUCUACAUGGACUGAUCAUCAAAAUAAUACAGAUUGCUGCAAUUGGGAAGGCAUUCAAUGCAGCCAUCAAACUGGUAACGUACAUCUACUUGAUCUUCGUUGUCUGGAUACAAAAUAUUUGAAAGGUGCAAUAAAUCUCACUUCAUUGAUUCACUUGCAAUACAUUCAACAUCUAGACCUCAGCAAUAAUAAUUUUCUGUUUAAUGACAUCCCAAAAGCCAUUGGCUCGUUCACCAACUUACAAUAUCUCAACCUCUCAUUUUCUGUAUUUAGUGGGAGGAUUGCUUUCCAACUUGGAAAUCUUUCACUACUAAGGUAUCUAGACCUUGGAACAAAUAAUCUUCAGGGAACAGUUCCUUUUCAGAUUGGGAAUCUUAGACAGUUACAAUAUCUUGAUCUUGGAGGGAAUUAUCUAUCAGGAGAAAUCCCAUUUCAACUUGGGAAUCUCAACCGGCUGCAAUAUCUUGAUCUUGGAGAGAAUUCUUUAUCAGGAGAAAUCCCAUUUCAACUUAGGAAUCUCAAGCGGCUACAAUAUCUUAAUCUUGCAAGUAAUACUCUUUCUGGAGCUAUCCCUUUUCGGAAUGGGAAUCUUUCUCUCUUACAAACUCUUCGGCUAGGUGGUGAUUUUUAUAUAGAAGCCGAGGAUUCACAGUGGUUGUCUAAUCUCCAUUCUUUAACAAGUCUUCACUUGAGCUCAUUGCAUAAUCUCAACUCCUCGCGCCAGUGGCUACAAGCUAUCAGUGACCUCAUUCCAAACUUAGUAGAGUUGAGGCUUGUUCAUUGUUCUCUUUCAGAUACUAAUAUCAAAUCUUUGUUUCGUUCUCACUUCAACUUUUCAACUUCUCUUACUGUCCUUGAUUUGUCUUCUAAUGUGCUAACUUCCUCAACAUUUCAACUGUUAUUCAAUUUUAGCCUUCAUCUACAAGAGCUUUAUCUUAGAGAAAAUGACAUUGGAUUGUCAUCUUUUCUUUUCCCAAAUUUUCCAUCUCUUAAUAUACUUGAUCUCUCCUUUAAUAAUCUAACAUCAUCAGUAUUUCAAGGCAAUUUUAAUUUUGGCUCCCAUCUACGGGAGCUUCGUCUGUAUAACUGUAGUCUUACAGAUCAAAGUUUUCCUAUUUCCUCUGCUUCCACAAUUAAUUCUUCAUCUUCUCUUGUCAUACUUGAUCUUUCCUCAAAUCUAUUGAAAUCAUCUACUGUGUUUUACUGGCUUCUGAAUUACACCACGAAUCUUCAAACCCUUUUACUUUAUGACAACCUGCUAGAAGGUCCCAUUCCAGAUGGAUUUGGAGAAGUAAUGAACUCUCUUGAACAAUUCUCUGCCUACAUGAACAGACUACAAGGAAAGAUUCCAUCUUUCUUUGGAAACAUGUGCAGACUGCGGACCUUAGACCUUUCAAAUAACAAGUUGAAUGGGGAAAUUUCUCAUUUCUUUCAAAAUUCUUCAUGGUGCAAUAGACACGUAUUUCAAAAUUUGGAUUUAUCACAUAACCAAAUUACAGGAAAGAUACCUGAAAGCAUCAUAUUGCUAUCUGAGUUGGAGGAUCUACAUUUGGAUGGAAAUUCUUUAGAGGGUGAAGUCACUGAAUCUCAUCUUUCUAGUUUUUCCAAAUUAUAUGACUUAGACUUGUCACAAAACUCAUUGUCUUUGAGAUUUGUCUCUAGUUGGGUUCCUCCUUUUCAAGCAACAAGUUUGACAUUAGCAUCUUGCAAGCUAGGUCCGAGUUUUCCUGGUUGGCUCCAGACACAAAAUUCCUUAAGGUGGUUAGAUAUAUCUGAUAAUGAGCUUAAUGAUUCUGUACCAGCAUGGUUUUGGAAGAAAUUGCAAAAUUUGGGAUGGUUAAACAUGUCUCACAAUAAUCUCAAUGGUGCAAUUCCUGAUAUACCAUUAAAGCUUCCCUAUGGACCAUCUAUAAUUCUGAAUUCAAAUCAAUUUGAGGGAGCACUUCCACCAUUUUUGCUACAAGCUUCAGGGCUGUUCCUGUCUCAAAAUACAAUUUCUGAUUUGCAUUCUUUUUUGUGUAACCAAAUCAUUGCUCCGAAUUUGGCAACUUUAGAUUUAUCAAACAAUCACAUAACAGCACAAAUUCCUGAUUGUUGGCAAUCUUUACACCAAUUACUAUUUCUUGAUUUGAGCGAGAAUAAGUUGUCUGGGAAUAUUCCCAUCUCCAUGGGGAAACUUGCUAAAUUAGAAGCGUUGGUUUUACGAAAGAAUAAUUUAACAGGUGAACUGCAUUCCAGUUUGAAGAAUUGCACUAAUUUAAUUAUGCUGGAUGUGAGUGAAAAUAAUUUGUCUGGUCGAAUACCCUCAUGGAUUGGAGAAAGUAUGCAGCAAUUGAGAAUCUUGAACAUGCAAGGGAAUCACUUCUCAUUAAAUUUUCCUAUUCAACUUUGUUAUUUAAGGCAUAUUCAAUUGUUGAAUCUCUCCAGGAAUAAAUUAUCAAAAGCAAUUCCAACAUGCUUAAAUAAUUUUACAGCCAUGGCUGAAAAGAGCAUCAACAGAACUCAAACUCAACGGCUUAUAUAUGGGUACAAUAUUACUUAUCGUGAAAUCUACGGUCCCUUCGCAUCCUUUUACUACCAGCUUGACAUAACGUGGGUGUGGAAAGGUGUGGAACAUGUGUUCAGAGAUCCCCAAUAUAGUCUUAUGAGUAUUGAUCUCUCAUGUAAUGAUUUAAAUGGUGAAAUACCAAAAGAAGUUGUGUAUUUGUUUGGGAUUGUUUCUUUAAAUUUAUCAAGAAACAAUCUGAGUGGAGAAAUUCCUUCUGAGAUUGGAAAUUUAAGUUCACUUGAAUCUCUUGACUUGUCAAGAAAUCAUUUGCAUGGGAGAAUUCCUUCUUCUCUUUCUCAACUUGAUUUCUUGGGAAAAUUAGACUUGUCAUACAACUAUCUUUCUGGAAGAAUUCCAUUGGAAAGACAUUUCCAGACCUUUGAAGCCUCUAGUUUUGAAGGAAAUAUUGAUCUUUGUGGUGAACAACUCAACAAAAGUUGUCCUGGAGAUCACACAACAGCAAAGCCAGAAGAAGCAGCAGGAGGGGAUGGAGACGAUUCUGUUUUCUAUGAAGCAUUAUACAUGAGCAUGGGCGUAGGAUUCUUCGUAGGAUUUUGGGGCUUAAUAGGGCCAAUUCUAAUUUGGAAACCUUGGAGAAUUGGUUACCUAAGGUUCUUGAACAGAUUGACAACUGAGAUACAGCUAUGAUGAAUAUGCAAAAUUUCUGCCAAUGGCUCAAAGCUUGGGUUGCAGGUGGCCAGUUGUUGACAUUUUUCUUGUGUUCCUUUUUCAAAUUUGAAGCAAGGGACUCUUUACUAGAACUUCUGUCAAUUGUGGUUUAAAUGUUUUUUCAUAAUGUGUUGCAAGGUUGUUCUUCAAAUGAAACACGUUUCUUCAUUUGAUAAUGAUGUAUCUUUUGACUUCAAAUAUGCUUGUAAUUUUUAACUUUUAUUUUAC